AUGCAUUCGGCGAAGGAAAAGAUCAGCGACAUGGCCAGUACCGCCAAGGAGAAGAUUAACAUAGGUGGCGCAAAGGCACAAGGCCAUGCUGAAAAGACGAUGGCGAGGACUUCACAAGAGAAGAAGAUGGCUCACGAGCGGGAGAAGACGAAGGAGGCGCAGGCCAAGGCCGAUCUCCACCAAUCCAAGGCUGAGCAUGCGGCAGACGCUCAGGUUCACGCCCAUCAUCUUCCUGGUCACUCCACCUACCCUACCCGAUCAACCGGAGCUACUUACCCGCCAGGACAGAUCUAA